CGGAGCUUCGAGCCCGAGGGGGUCCGAGCCGGAGCAGCCGGCGGCGGCACAGCCGCAGAAAAGAAACAACUGUUCUGAAGUAUGGGAUGAGAGCAGCACCAGAACAUCCUUCCCUGAAAGUUGGAGGAAAAGUGCACUCAUCUGAGAACGAAUAAAAACAACCUGACAAAUGCCCAUUCCUACAUGUGCUCUGUGUAAUAAUGAGUUAAUCUCUCCAGCCCACCUGUGGAGCUAUUGCAGCUCCUGGUAUGCGGAGGAGUUGGGAGUGCACAGCCCCAAACCAGCGCUGUGCAGAGGCCUCUGCUGCACAGAUAGCAGCUUAUCUUGAGGAGUUUGACCGUUACUAUUCCUUGACCAAACUCAUGUCCAUCUACCAAGCAACCAACAGGACUGCCUUCAACUGGACAGACAGCCGCAUUGUGGAGUGGGAGAAGUUUGCGGAGCUGGCUCGAUACGAGCCAGAAUCCCAGAAACCAACUGUGAAGGCUCUCCUGAUCGUGGUGUACUCAGUGAUUAUCAUCAUGUCUCUCUUUGGGAACGUGCUGGUGUGCCAUGUGGUGCUGAAGAACAAGAGGAUGCACUCGGCCACCAGCCUGUUCAUCGUCAACCUGGCUGUGUCUGACAUCAUGAUCACAUUGCUCAACACGCCCUUCACUCUGGUUCGGUUUGUGAACAGCACCUGGAUCUUUGGGAAGGCGAUGUGCCAUGUCAGCCGCUUCGUGCAGUACUGCUCGCUGCACGUCUCCACGCUCACCCUGGCAGCCAUCGCCCUGGACAGGCACCAGGUCAUUCUGAACCCACUCAAGCAAAGGAUGUCUCUGACAAAAGGAGCACUGAGCAUCGCUGUGAUCUGGCUGCUGGCUGCCUGCUUCUCCCUGCCCCAUGCCAUCUACCAGAAGCUCUUCCAGUACAACUACAGGGAAGCCACCGUGCGGAGUCUGUGCCUCCCGGAUUUCCCUGAGCCUGCAGAGCUGGUCUGGAAGUACCUGGACCUGUCCACCUUCCUGCUCCUCUACCUGCUGCCGCUGCUCGUCAUCACCGCCACCUACACGCGCCUGGCCAAGAAGCUGUGGCUGCGCAAUGCCAUCGGUGACGUCACCACGCAGCAGUACGUCGCCCACCACAGGAACAAGAAGAAGAGCAUCAAGAUGCUGGUGCUGGUUGUGGUGGUCUUUGCUGUCUGCUGGUUUCCGCUCAACUGCUACGUAGUGCUCAUCUCCAGCCUGGGCAUUAAGACCAACAACUCGCUCUACUUUGCCCUGCACUGGUUUGCUAUGAGCAGCACCUGCUACAAUCCCUUCAUUUACUGCUGGCUGAAUGAGAGCUUCCGUGCGGAGCUCAGAGCCCUGCUGUGCAUGUGCCGGCACACAGCUCAGCCGCGCAGCGCCGCGCAGCCGCCCCUGGCCGCGUCCUGCCGCGAGGCCUGGGGGGAGCGAGCUGGGUGCACGAAGGGGCCCUCAUCAAACAGCGUUUGCUCCGCUGUGCUCAUCCCGACAGCCAACACUGACCUGUGAGCAAGGGUGGCAAUGGACGGAGUUUGGCACACGUCUGAAAGAAGGACCCUUGUAGCCAGGUGAACCUUAUCUGUAGGGAUUCCCCCAGGUAAUUCAUACUAAAGCCUCCCAGCUGAGUGCAGGUGUAGCAGAAAUGCUAACUCAGGGCUUGAAGAAGUGAUGCAGCACCUGGUGGGAAGGCAGGGCCAACCGGGGGAGCUCAAGUCAAACAAUGCCACUGAGUGGUGGAAGGGAUGGAUCCAGGAUCCACUCCUGCCCAGACCUCAUUGAAGGGCUGGCAGUGGAGGUGAGGGUAUCUCUCUGGAGAUCCCUGUGUACUUGAGGCCUUGUAAAGGUAAACAGCUUUUUUUCUGUAGAUUCUGCAUCCAGGGCUGCUGCACUUGGGCUUAUCCUAGCUUGCUGCAGCCAAAGUCCUUUGUAGCAUUACAGCAGGGUAAGGGGAAGUCAGCGGUGGGUGUCACACUGAGUCCUGCUGCUCCUCCUGCCCUGCUCCCAGCCCAGGCUGUGUGCUGGUGGAGCAGAGCACUGUAUUGGGGCUGUAGAGCUCCAUCUCUAUGUCAGACCUCGUGUCAUUUGGUUCACUGAGAAUUUAUUUUAAUUUCUGUUAAAUUACGUUGCAAACAAACCUACAGGCACUGAAUUAAAGGCCACAAAAUAAUUCAUCAGGGCUGUAGCAUUCAGCAACUGGAGAAUUAAAUAAUUCUAGAUAAUUACUAAUUGUUGUGGAAGAGAUUCAUUGAGGCAACUGAAUUGAAUCACAGUUAAAGGGGAGGCUUUCUACAGUUUUGAGAAGAAUAGCUUGAUUUAGCUGUACUUGGGAGGCAAAUGGAGAAAAGAAGACAAUAAAGGAAAGAGGAAAAAAAUACAGAGAGACAAAGGAUAUCAAAGCAGACAGAAACCAGAUUUGCUGUGUGACUCUGCUUGCAGUGUGGAACAGAGGCACAGAGAAGCAGUGCUCCUGCCUGGCCAUGAUGCCCCUUCCCAUCGCACUGCUCCUCAGAAGCUGCAUGGGGGCUGCAGGAGCCAUUUCUGCCUGCACAUUUCCAGGUUGUGCUUGGGUGAGGGGUUGCUCAGCUGUAGAAGGCUGCUGCUAAGCUUCUCCAGUAUGUUCUUACAGGAGCCCUUAAGAAAACAAGGUUUACUCCCUAUUUGUCGAUAGGUAAUGGGGUUCAGGCCAGGUGAUAAGCAAAAGAAAAGGUACCCAGUGCCUAGUGCUGUAGCAGUGGUGCUAAGUGAACCUUGAGAACAGCCUUCAUUGGGUAAUGAGCAGGCAAGGGCUCAGUGACCCACAGAGUUUUUUGCUGCUCAUGGCUGUUCAGCUGAUUCUGAUACCCAUUGGCAUCAUCUAUGGAUUGCAGUUUGGCAUUCACCUGGAAUUUCAACCUGCAGGAGCACAUCUCUUAUGGGCUAUUUAUAUUGUCCUGACCAAAAAUACCCACAAAAGCGAAUGUUUCCCAAAGAAACAAUCGAAAAUGGAAAGCUACAUCCUGUCCCCAGAAGCAUUCUGUAGCAGCACAGGAGCUGGAAUGGGAAUGGCAUACUGGCACUGGCUCAUGCACGGCUCCUAAUGCAGCCUGCAGCCAUCAAGGGCACUGGCAGAGCCAGCUUGGUGCUGGGUCCCACCUGGAGAUGGUGCUGGGCCAG